GAGUCUACAAUAGAUUAGGCACAAAAUUCCUUAAAGCAGUUCUUGAUGCAACAUCAUCAAGUGAGUACAAACAGUGUCAUAAACUCAUUGUGUAUAUAUAUAUAUAUAUAAGAGAAGCAAUAGGCGGCAAUGCCAUUGCAAAUUGUUCUCACUAAGUUGAAAGAUUAGCAAUCUCAGAAAUAAAGAAGAUGAAGAGCCAAAUAAGAAGUUUGUUUACGAGAAUGAAGCCAUUCAUUGCAGUAACAUUCUUGCAAGUUGGUCUUGCAGGGAUGGAUAUUCUUGCCAAAGCUGCACUUAAUAGAGGCAUGAGCAAUUACGUGCUUGCUGUCUAUCGCAAUGCUGUUGCCACCCUCGUCAUUGCCCCUUUUGCAGUUUUUCUUGACAAGAAAGUAAGGCCAAAGAUGACUCGGUCAAUCUUCAUCAAGAUAAUGGUGCUCAGCCUAUUGGAGCCAGUUAUCGACCAAAACUUUUAUUUCUUAGGGAUGAAGUAUACAACGGCGACGUUUGCAGCUGCUAUAACCAAUAUUCUUCCUGCAAUUACCUUUGUAAUGGCUUGGAUUGUUAGGCUUGAGAAGGUGAAAAUAACAUCACCACACAGUCAAGCAAAGAUAGCAGGGACAAUAGCAACAGUUGCAGGAGCCAUGGUGAUGACAUUGAUGAAAGGCCCACCUGUUAAUUUGUUUUCUACAACAAGAAACGCCUACCAUGUCCAUAAACAAGCAAUAGGAGGUGUAAAUGUCCAUAACUCAAUUAAAGGAGCAAUAAUGAUCACUAUUGGGUGCUUCAGCUGGUCCUGUUUCAUGAUCCUGCAAGCAAUUACACUGAAGACAUACCCUGCUGAGCUCUCUCUCACUGCUUGGAUUUGCUUGCUUGGUACAAUUGAAGGCACCAUAGCAGCACUCAUAAUGGAAAGAGGAAAUCCUAGCGUCUGGGCUCUCAAUUGGGACACUAAAUUAGUGGCAGCUGUCUACAGUGGUGUCAUUUGCUCAGGACUUGCUUAUUACAUUCAAGGAGUAAUAAUGCAGGACAGAGGCCCUGUUUUCGUGACGGCUUUUAGCCCUCUAUGCAUGGUUGCAGUUGCUGUCAUGAGCGUCAUCAUUUUGGCAGAGCAAAUGUUCCUGGGCAGGGUAAUUGGAGCAAUCAUCAUAGUUGCAGGCCUAUAUAUUGUUGUGUGGGGUAAAAGCAAGGACUACAAUUCACCAUCUCCAACAGUUGAUGACAAAAUUAUACCAACAAAACAAACAACAGAACCAGGAAAUCAUGAGAAAGAAAACUGUGAUCAACAAGUUGCACAACCGAUCCAUCAGAUAGAGAUACCAUAAUUAGAUUUCAACAUCUUUUUCAGCAAAAAGAAAUGUAAUCUAUUUGUUUCUCGUAUAACUAUGAUGAGUUAAUGAUUAAAAGGAAAUGACUAUCUACAAGAACUCAACUUAGGAUUUGAUAGAGUUGAAUAGUCAUUCACCAGAUUUCAAAAUGUUUCACUAUAGCAUAGUAUUUUUGAAAACCAAAUCAUAUGGUUUCUUUAUAUAA